AUGUGUUGUGUCUAUGCAAAAGUGAAACGAUGUUGAGUUACCUUUUUCUCGCUUUCGUAUUGCUGGCAGGUGUGAAUGGAGAGUGGCCAGAUUAUGAUUUCGAAGAUGUCUUUGAGAUAACAUUUGAUCCAGAUAUUUUGCAUAAUGUGAGUCAAUUGAUAUCCAGCAAGGGCUAUCCAGUGGAAGAUCACGUUGUUCAAACGGAAGAUGGUUUCCUAUUAUCUGUACAGCACAUACCACAUGGAAAAAAAGGAUGUGAUCGGCAUCAGGGUAGUAAAGAAGUGGUUUUCCUCCAGCAUGGUCUUCUAUCUGCUUCCUCCGAUUGGGUGAUUAAUUUCCCUAAUGAAAGCCUUGGAUUUCUUUUGGCGGAUGCCGGGUAUGAUGUGUGGUUGGGAAAUAUCAGAGGUAAUACAUAUUCGAGGAGACAUAUCAAGUACUCACCACAUUCAGAUGAAUUUUGGGAUUACAGUUUUGCAGAGAUGGGCUACUAUGACUUACCUGCCAUGAUCGAUUACAUCCUGAAUCAGACCGGCCAGAAACAACUGUCCUACAUCGGUCAUUCUCAAGGAACAACAUCUUGCUUUGCAAUGCUCUCGGAAAAAACAGAAUACAAUCAAAAGAUAAAAGUUUUCAUCGCAUUGGCGCCUGUUACUACUGUUGGUUACAUAACAAGUCCCAUCAGGUAUCUGGCUCCUUUUACCAAUGAAUUUGCGUUCUUGGCCAGGAUAAUCGGAGUGAGGGAAUUCUUGCCCAGCAAUGCCCUCAUGAAAUUCCUGAGCGAAUACGUGUGCGACACGUUUGAGCGAUGGAUCUGCAAAGAUGUCAUGUUCCUUCUUUUCGGAAGAGAUUUUCAGGAGCUGAAUGUGACAAGAAUCGGCGUGUAUUCGGCUCACACUCCAGCAGGUUCAUCGACGAAAAGUGUUCUCCAUUAUGCUCAGUUAGUUGAUUCCGGAAAGUUCGGAAAGUAUGACUAUGGAAAGAGGGGAAAUAUUAAACGUUAUGGACAGGACACUCCACCACAAUAUGAUCUAACGAAGAUAACUGCACCUGUUGCUCUGAUGUGGUCGUUAAACGAUGAGUUGGGCGAUCCUGUGGAUGUCGGACUUCUAAUUCCGAAACUAAAAUCCCUGAUUGAAGUUUAUGAAGUACCGGCUCCUCUGUUCAAUCACGGCGAUUUCGUGUUAGCCUUGCACGCAAAAACUCUUCUGUAUGACGAAGUGAUGAAAGUAUUAAGGAAAUACGCUGUCUGAUUGCGAAUUGCUUGCAUCGUUUAGAUCCAGUUUCAUCAACAAUUCCCAUGAAGCUAUAAUUCAGUAUCAUAACAUCCCUUUUUGUUUGUCGCAGAAUUGUAAUUUGAUUUUUCUUAUAAAGAUAAUAAUCUAAUUAAACAGUUUUUGGGAAAUCUAAGUAGAUUUUUAAUGGAUAAUGCGGAGAAAAUGCAGUGUGACAACAGGUGAAGGCAUCAACAUGAUUCUUUUGAAAACAGGUGAAUUCUACUAUAUGCACAAUAGAAGCCAUAAAUUUGUACGGUUAUUGAAAAUUAUCGUCAUGGUUAGGAAAUACUGUCAAUUUUUUUAUAAAAGCAUUAUGUUGACAUAUUCUCAUCCGACCUGGGGCAAUUUCGUCUUAUUCUAUGUUGCUUAAUAUAAUGAAUAUACAAAAAAAAAAAAAAAAAAAAAAUAGAGAGACACUGUAUACGUUUUUAAAAAAACUGGCGUAAAACUACGCACAAAAUGACAUACAAUUGAAAUACUAAUAAGCUAUUCUGAUUAUUAUAAAUUUAAUUUUACUAAGCUAAUUGCUUUAAACGUAAUAAUUUUUAAUUUUUUUACAUUAUAGUAUAUUAUUACAUAAAAUUGAAAACGAUAAUUGCAUUUUAAAAUUAAAAAAUUAUCAUAAAAGCAAAAAAAAAUUAUACUUUUAUUGAAUAUUGCAUUAAUUACACAUUUUUAUAAGAUUUAUGUCUAUGCAUGUAGGUAGUUAAUUAAAAAAAAUCUGUGAAUUUCUCCAGAUAUGUUGAUUGUGAAUAUUAAGUACACUAUUUUGGAUUAUAUUAGCUUAGAUAACGAUAUAACGAUUAACGAUAUUUUUCAUUAGCAUUUUAACAUGGGAAAAAAUCGUUUUUUGGAUUGUGUUACGUUUAUUAAAAAUUUUUCAUUAGUUUUUUAACAAGAAAAAAAAUCGUUUUCUGGUUAGUGUUAUUAAAUUUUUUUCAUUUGUUUUAACAAAAAAAAAAUCGUUUUCUGGAUUGUAUUAAGUUUAUUAAAUAUUUCAUUUCUU